AAACGUGGAGAAAUAGUCGUCUGGAAUGUCCUCCCAAGUCCCCGUCCGCCGGACGACACGAACGACCACCAGAGUCGUCAACAACAAGGAGAAUGCGACAAACGCCAGACUCAGAUCCACAACACGCGCGAAGCUCCCUUCCACCGGUCCUGCGGCCUCCGAGGCCAAGCCAACAGGUAUUGCGCGGGCCACCGCAUCCACUGUUGCAACUCGUGCAAAAACUGCUGCAGCGACAUCGUCCAAAAUCGAUCCUGCAGCCCAAGGCAAGCGAAAACGCGAAGCUCUCGGCGAGGUUGCUCGGCCCGCUGCAAACGUCCAGAGGGAUGCAUCCAAGGAUACGACCACCGGUCUCAAGGGUAAGGCAAAGGCUAAGGAGACCUUCGAGGGCGUCGUCCUCAAAAAGCCACCCUCAGUCGCAAAGCCGCCCUCAACCGCAAAGCCACCCUCGACUACGAAGAGCCUAAAGCCGCCUUCUACGACCUCCCGCAAGCCUACUACCGUAGCCAGCUCCACGACCACGGUCACCACUACUUCGACUCGCCAUACCCGUAGCUCAGUUCAGCGACAUGUGCAACAGGUGAAGCAGCAGACUGUGCUGGAAGAGGUACCGGAAGAGGAAGAGGCGCCCGAGCCUAAACCCGCUCCUAUCCCGCGGGAAGAGGAAGUGAUGGCUGUCGAUAUUCCCGCGCCUGCGCCCGUACCUGCGCCGCGACGGUUCACCGUGGCGCGCUCGUCCACUGCAGUAGCUUCGUCUCACGCGCAGAUCAAGCAGCGUGCACGUCAGGCUGCUGCUGCUCCCCCAGAGAUUGAUGACGAGGAUGAUCUCCCCGCCUACAAAAAGCGCCGCACGUCCUCUGAUGCUCCGGAAGAUGACUUCCUCGUUGAGCAGGAGCUCGACGAGUUCCCUGAGUUCGAGCCGCAGGAGCCUGCCGAGGCUGAUCCUGAUGGUGACCAGUGGCAAGAUCUUGAUGCUGAGGACGUGGACGACCCGCUCAUGGUCAGCGAGUACGUUAACGACAUUUUCAACUACCUUAAGGGGGUGGAGCAAACGACUAUGCCCAACCCGAACUACAUGGAGAUGCAAAAAGAUCUCGCUUGGACCAUGAGAGGUAUCCUCACCGACUGGCUGAUUCAGGUCCACUCUAGGUUCCGCUUGUUCCCCGAGACUCUGUUCCUUGCUGUCAACAUCAUCGACCGUUUCUUGUCCCAGCGCGUCGUUUCUCUGGCUAAGCUGCAGCUUGUCGGGAUUACCUGCCUUUUCGUUGCCGCUAAGGUCGAAGAGAUUGUCGCGCCCAGUGCGCAUAACUUCCUCUACUGCGCCGAUUCGUCAUACACCGAGGCCGAGAUCCUACAAGCGGAGAAGUACAUUCUCAAAACUCUCGACUGGAACAUGAGCUACCCCAACCCGAUGCACUUCCUCCGUCGGGCUAGCAAAGCAGACGACUACAACAUCAAGUCGCGAACAAUCGCCAAAUAUUUCCUUGAGAUUCAAUGCGUAGAGUGGAGGUUGAUCGCUGCGCCUCCAUCCUUGGUCGCUGCUGCUGCUCUCUGGUUGGCGCGGUUGGUAGUAGGUGAGACAGAAUGGACGCCAAACCUAGCGCACUACUCGUCUUAUCCAGAGAGUGCGCUCAUACCGACGGCGAACCUAAUGCUUAACUAUGUGCUUAAGAAGCCUAAGCAUCAAUCGUUCUUCCGGAAGUACGCCGGCAAGAAGUUCAUGAAGUCGAGCAUCUAUGUGCGUGACUGGGUUCUGAAUCACUGGAGUGAGGGACAGACCGUACAUCUUGCGGAGGAGCUUCCUCAAAUUAAGAUCUUGGUUCGGGAAGCCACAGAUCAGGAGGACCAUAUCUUGGCUGAGCAAGCGGCACUGCAGGCAGCGCGUGAAGCGCAAGCAGCGCGCGAGGCCGCCUUCGCUGAUAGCUUUGAGAGCCACCGCAACCGCCAACACGACCGUUACUCCGCUCAGCCCCCGGCGCAUACUUCUAAGUCAACUGCACACCACGCUCUCGCCUCGCAAGUCCCCACACAGCAUCGCGCUCACGUUGCACAGCCUCAGAAUGGUCAUUACUACAAUCACCAAGGCGGCGCCACGCGUCACAAGUAAGCUACUGCGUAGUCAAUCCAAAAUGCUGGCCUUGUAUUCUUCCCUCGGGCUCCUUGUCACGAUGGAUCGGACUCGUAUCUAUUGCAUUGCGCAUACAUUGUCUGUGCACCGUCUUGUCCUGUUCUCCUUGCCAUAUCCUACCUCCUGUUAUCCUUUUACCGCUUCGCACUCCUAACAUCCCUAACUCCCCUUCCGAAGCGCCUCCUGCGCACUUGCCCUGUUUUGUUGCACAUCUCUGCAUUUCACGCUGCAUCUCGC